AUGCAGUUGAUAGCUCGUGAGUUGGAUAAAUUGGUCAUUGCCCAGACCGGGCUUUUGGCCCAACGACGACUGGCGAGAGGGGUGAAAUUGAACUACUCGGAAGCUACGAUGAUGCGAGAUGGCAAGCACACCGCGUCAGAACUCAUGUCUAUUGGGAAACAUAUCCUUGGGCGCCGACAUGUCCUUCCGGGAGUGUUAGCAACUCUCACCGUGCUGCAGAUUGAAGGGACCUUUACGACAGGAACGCAUCUGGUUACUGUCGAUCAGCCCAUUAGCAGCGAGGACGGCAAUAUUGAACUGGCGAUGUAUGGUAGUUUCCUGCCCAUUCCGUCGGAGAGCCUCUUCCCCUCAUAUCCAGAAUCCGAGUACGAGCCUCUGAAGAUGCCUGGAGCCAUCUCACCCGGCGAUGGAAAGAUCGAGCUCAAUCCCGGCAGAAAGCGUACUCAAUUGAGAGUUACCAACAAGGGUGACCGGCCAAUCCAGGUCGGCUCUCAUUUCCACUUCAUUGAAUCAAACCCGGAGCUGGAUUUCGACCGCAUCAAGGCUUAUGGCUAUCACCUUGACAUCCCCGCUGGAACGUCGACUCGCUUCGAGCCUGGCGUCACCAAGACUGUGAAUUUAACGCAAAUCAGUGGUCUCAAAACCAUCAAGGGUGGAAGCAGUAUUGCGACUGGAACUAUCGACCUGUCCCAUACCAACGCAGUACUGCAACGCAUCAAGGAGGAAGGCUUCCGACACACACCCGAGGAGGUGCUCAUUGAUAUACAGAAGAUAGAACCCUUCAAAAUGGAUCGACUUUCUUAUGCCUUGAUAUACGGUCCGACUGUCGGUGACUCGGUCCGUCUCGGCUCGACAGACCUCUGGGUGACGAUUGAAAAGGACUACACAGCUCACGGAGACGAAUGCACGUUUGGAGGAGGUAAGACUUUACGCGACGGAAUUGGACAAGCUGCUGGACGAGCAGACGACGAGUGUGCGGACCUGGUUUUGGUCAAUGCAUUAGUCAUUGACUGGAGUGGAAUUUUCAAAGCUGAUAUCGGAGUGAAAGACGGGGUCAUUGUGGGGAUCGGAAAGGCCGGUAAUCCUGAUGUGAUGGAUGGGGUGAACCCAGCUCUGGUGAUUGGAUCCAACACGGACAUCAUUGCUGCAGAGGGGAAGAUCAUCACUGCUGGUGGCAUCGACACCCAUGUUCACUAUAUCUGUCCGCAGCAGAUUGAAGAGUCUAUCUCGUCGGGUGUCACAACGAUGUUUGGGGGAGGCACUGGCCCGAGUACGGCCUCCGUUGCCGCCAAUUGCACCCCGAGCAAGACCUAUAUUCGACAGAUGAUGCAGACGUUAGACAAGCUGCCAGUCAAUUUUGGUGUCAUUGGCAAGGGCAGUGAUACUGGAAAGCCAGGUCUUCGUGAUCAGUGUAAUGCAGGUGUCGCUGGUCUCAAACUGCAUGAAGACUGGGGAUGCACUCCCUCGGCAAUCGACACUUGUCUGAGUGUCUGCGAAGAACACGACAUCCAGUGCCAAAUCCACAGCGACUCUUUGAACGAGUCCGGUUUCGUUGAGCGAACGGCAGCUGCAUUCAAGGGAAGGACAGUACACGCAUACCAUAUCGAAGGAGCUGGUGGCGGACAUGCACCAGAUAUGAUUUCUCUCGUGCAACACGCCAACGUCCUUCCCAGUAGUACUAAUCCAACCAAACCAUACACCUGCAACACAGUCGACGAGCACCUCGAUAUGGUCAUGUCUUGUCACCAUCUAUCGAAGAACAUCCCCGAAGAUAUCUCCUUCGCGGACAGCCGCAUUCGGGCAGAAACAAUUGCCGCAGAAGAUGUCCUCCACGAUACCGGCGCCAUCAGUAUGAUGUCAUCUGAUUCCCAGGCAAUGGGACGAUGUGGAGAGGUUGUUGUGCGCACUUGGAAUCUGGCUCACAAAAACAAGGUAGAGCGUGGCCCGCUGCCCGAGGAUGAGGAUACUGGAGCCGACAACCACCGAGUGAAGCGGUAUGUCAGCAAAUACACCAUCAAUCCAGCCCUGGCGCAGGGUAUCAGCCAUGUAGUGGGCAGCGUUGAGGUUGGCAAAUUGGCCGAUCUGGUGAUCUGGGAACCUGCAAGCUUUGGUACCAAGCCAUUCCAAGUUCUCAAGAAGGGCUUUAUUGCUUCGGCUCAAAUGGGUGAUCCAAACGCAUCGAUCUCAACCGUUCAGCCGAUCAUUGCGCGGCCGAUGUUUGCGCCCCUUCUACCGUCAAGUAGUGUGAUGUUCGUUUCUAAGGCCGGCAUGGAGAGCGGUUCCGUCAACUCCUACGGACUGAAAAAGCAGAUCGAAAUCGUGAGGAAUACUCGCACGGUCACCAAGCUUGACAUGAAAUUCAACAAUGCAACGCCGAAGAUGGAGGUUGAUCCCGAAGCGUUUACGGUUAUGGCCGAUGGGGCACACUGUAGAGCAGAGGCGGCUACGUCGCUACCGCUUACCCAUCAAUAUUUCAUAUACUAG